AUGGGCUGCAUCGGCUCGCGGACAGUGGGGAACGAGGUGAUCGCAGUGGAUUGGAAGGGCCUGAAGGAUGCCGACCAAAUCAACAUGGACAGCACCAGCUCACUGCACGGGAGCAGCCUCCACCGGCCGUCUACAGAGCAAACGCGAACGGAUUUCUCCUGGGAUGGCAUCAACCUCUCCAUGGAGGACACCACUUCCAUCCUUCCGAAGCUUAAGCGAAACUCUAACGCCUACGGCAUCGGGGCCCUGGCCAAGUCGUCAUUCUCAGGGAUCUCACGAAGCAUGAAGGACCAUGUGACAAAGCCCACAGCCAUGGGGCAAGGCCGGGUAGCCCACAUGAUUGAAUGGCAGGGCUGGGGGAAGGCACCAGCCAUUCAACCACAACACAGCCACGAGGCCGUGCGCAGGGAUACGGACGCCUACUCUGACCUCAGCGAUGGCGAGAAGGAGGCGCGUUUUCUGGCAGGUGUCAUGGAACAGUUUGCUAUCUCAGAGGCCACACUUAUGGCCUGGUCGUCUAUGGAUGGUGAGGACAUGAGUGUCAACUCUACCCAGGAGCCACUGGGCUGCAAUUACAGUGACAACUACCAGGAGCUGAUGGAGAGUCAGGAUGGCCUUGCUCAAGCCCCCAUGGAUGGCUGGCCUCACUCCUAUGUGUCCCAGGGCAUGUACUGUUUGGGCUCAUCGGAUGCCUGGGAAGCAAGCGACCAGUCCCUCAUUGCCUCUCCGGCUACAGGAUCCUAUCUUGGCCCGGCAUUUGAUGACUCACAGCCCAGCUUGCAUGACAUGGGACCUUCCCAGCCUGCUUCGGGAUACUCUGCUCAGGAGCCUCCGCCUUUGCUGGGGGGAGACACUGACUGGGCUCCAGGGGUGGGCGGGGUGGACCUGGCAAGGGGCUCUGCCGAGGAGGAGAAGAGGCCACUGGCCCCUGAGGAGGAAGAGGAUGCAGGAUGCCGGGACCUGGAGUCUCUUUCCCCACGAGAAGACCCUGAGAUGGCCACUGCUCUCAGUCGGAAGGUGUCUGACGUCACAUCCUCGGGUGUGCAGUCCUUUGAUGAGGAGGAGGGUGAGGCCAACAAUUAG